GUAUCGUGCCGGCUGCGCAAGAGCAGCCUGCAAAGGCAGCUUUUCCAAUAAUGAACAACCCGUGGUAACUGGUAACUGUCAGUCCGCUCGUGGUGCAUUUCGUUGACUGUUGUGUGUUGCGCCGUGCUCGGUGUGCGUGCGUGUGCGUGUGUGCGCGCCGUGUGUUGUUUUUAUCCGGUGUUUUAACAGAAGAGAGACAAGGGGAUGAUCCUCCUCUUAUAAAAAAAAUUGACAACGUAAUAAAAAAAAUGAUAAAUAAUGUGAUUUAAAAAAGAGACGAGGAAUUAACACGAUUUUCAAUUCGAUUCUUUUACCGAGAUUUCGUGGGCAAAAGAAGAAGAGAGAGAGGAUUUAAUUCCAAGAGAAAAAAAAAAAAGAAACAAAACGUGUGUUUUCCUGUUGAACGAAAGUACUUGGCUAUCGUCGCGCGAUAACAAGAAGGGUGGUAUAGUAGGACCCAGUGUAUUCGCACAAACCAACACGCACGUAACUCACCCACGUACGUAAGUACGUUACAGGAUGGACAACAGGUGGAGGAGAAUUAUUUGAGAAAAAGGAACGAAGAAGAAAUGAAGAAACAUUUGACGCGAAGAAUCCUUACUACGUUCGAAUGUUGUAACGAGUGAAAUAGGUAGAGAAGGUCAGGCAGGAAAGUUUAAACAAAAUGGGCAAGUGUUGUAGCAAACGACAGGAGCCUCAACCGAUCGGGUACACGAAAGCAGAUACAGGAUUGAGCUCGAAACACAGCAAUGGUGGUUCCUUGGACCGAUACACAGCCGACCCAAAUCAAAGAGGCGUGCAAGCCAGGGCGGAUAUUAUCCGUCCAAGGCCAACACCUUGUAAGAUACAGAUACCGCAACAACCACGUAAAACAAGCUCGCCUGUCGUUAUGCCUGCAUCUCAUUCUCAACGAGCAAACAAAAUCGUCGUGGCACUUUACAAUUACACGGCACGCGAGAGCACCGACGUGAGUUUCGUCAAGGGCGACAGAAUGGAAGUUUUGGAUGAUACCGAGCCAGACUGGUGGAAGGUUUUACAUUUAACGACCCUGCAGGAAGGUUUAAUUCCAUGGAAUUUCGUAGCGGUUGAACGUUCCGUUGAAAGCGAAGAUUGGUUCUUUGAAAAUGUAUCGCGUAAAGAAGCAGGAAAAUUAUUAUUGGUCGAUGAAAAUCCGCGAGGUACGUUUUUGGUAAGACCAAGCGAACACAAUCCAAGGGGUUACAGUUUAUCCGUAAAAGAUUGGGAAGAAGGGAGGGGUCAUCACGUAAAACAUUAUAAGAUCAAACCGUUAGAUAAUGGUGGUUUCUUUAUCGCCACCAAUCAGACAUUCCCAACGUUGCCAGCUUUGGUUAUGGCGUAUAGCAAAAACGCGUUAGGUCUUUGUCACGUGUUAUCGAAGCCCUGUCCGAAGCCCCAGCCAGAUAUGUGGGAUCUCGGGCCAGAAUUGCGUGACAAAUGGGAGAUCAACAGGAAUGAGAUUCAGUUGAUAAGAAAAUUGGGCCACGGCAACUUCGGCGAGGUUUAUUACGGCAAAUGGCGGAAUAAAAUCGAAGUGGCGGUUAAAACGCUUCGUCCUGGUACAAUGUCGACGGAAGCUUUCCUUCAAGAAGCUGCAAUAAUGAAACAAUUUCGACACAGACACUUGGUAGCCCUUUACGCGGUAUGCUCGAAAGAAGAACCAAUUUACAUCGUCCAAGAGUAUAUGUGUAACGGGAGUCUUUUAGACUUCUUACGUACCGGUGACGGCAAAUACAUGCAAUUCGAGGAUCUGAUUUACAUAGCCGCUCAAGUUGCUUCCGGCAUGGAACACUUAGAAAGCAAACAAUUGAUACACAGAGAUCUAGCCGCUAGGAACGUUCUCAUUGGCGAAAAGAACAAGGCUAAAAUUUGCGAUUUUGGACUCGCCAGAGUUAUCGAGGACGACGAAUAUUGUCCUAAACAGGGAAGCAGAUUCCCGGUUAAGUGGACAGCUCCUGAAGCUAUUGUUUAUGCAAGGUUUAGCAUCAAGAGCGACGUUUGGUCCUAUGGUAUUUUACUUAUGGAGUUAUUCACUUACGGACAAGUUCCUUAUCCCGGUAUGCACGGUCGUGAAGUAAUCGAGCAUGUUGAUAAAGGUUACCGUAUGCCCAAACCAUUGAACCAUCCAUUACCGGACAGUAUAUAUCGAUUAAUGUUACUGUGCUGGGAAGCCAGUCCCGAAAAACGGCCGACCUUCGAGUUCCUUAAUCAUUAUUUCGAAUCGUUUAACGUAACUAGUGAAAUACCUUAUCUCGAGCCACCGACGGACUGAUACACAGCCCACAUGCAGAAUCACAUGGUGCCGCAUGGUCAUUUUCAUCCAGCGCACGUCAAUUGUGCCAUGGAAUUUUAUGGUAUUUAUUGCUAAGGGGAACUAAAAUAAAUGAAAAAGAGGGGAAAAAACGGAAGCAAAAAAAAAACGGCGAUAACCACAAGUGGAAUCGUUUUAUAAUAUAUUAUAUCGUUGUGAUGAUCGUUAGAAGAAAACUGAAGAAAUUAAACGAAAGAAAAGAAAAGAAAAGAAAAGAAAAGGAAAAAAAAAAAGAAAAAACAAAGAACAGAGCGAAAUUCCGAAUAACCGAGAGAUGAAGGAAAUAAGUAAUAUGAUCAAUUGAAAAAUAGUUUACGAUUAUUAAUGUGUGUUGUGUCUCUUGAUGACAAUAGAGAGAGAAAAAAAGAAAAAAAAAGGGGAAAAAAAACGGGGGACGAUUAAUUACGGUGAUUGAUUGAUUUUAUAUGAAACACGCGCGAUUAUAUUCUCUCUACGAUAGAAAAUAAUAAUACUCUCUCUCGAUCGACGAAAAUAAAAGAAAAACCUUUUGUGCCAUGAACUUUAUCCAAUCUCAUAGGUAUUUAUUUAUCGAAGUUAACAAGAUGAAAAAAAGGGCAACAAGACUUUUUAACAUUUUUCUGACCAAUCUCGCGAAUAAUAACUGCCGAUAAAUUUUUGUCAACGUCCUCUUACACUUGGAAGACAAAAAAAUAUAAGAGAACAAAAUCGACGUGGAGAAAGAGAUAAAGAAAAAAAAAAAAAGAAGAAGAAGAAUACAAAAAUUAAAUCGUAAUAACAAUUAAAAAAAAAAAAAAAAAAACGUACCAAAAUUUGAAUUUAAGCUUUGCGACCAAUUGUGAAUAACUGCCGGAUUUUUGAACCUGAUGUGUUACCGCGACGGAAAACAAAAAAAAAAAAA